AUGAAAUUAAAUAGUAAUAUUAAUAAUAAUAUAAAUAAUAGUAGUAAUAGUAAUAAUAACUUUGAUGCAAAGAAUAUAAUAGUUGAUACAAUAACACCACCUGACCCAUCGGUUGAAUUUGAAAGGAAAUUAGCGAAAUCUAUAUUUUGUUUAGUUCAUUUUAUAGUUUAUUGCGUUAUUAUAUUUAGAAAAGGUACAAUUUUAGAUCAAGCAUUCAAAGAUAAGGAUUAUUUUUAUUUAAUUUGGACACAUUGUGUUUUCUUUUUUGCAAUUGGAACUUAUUUCUUAAUUUCAAGUAAAAGACCUGGUUUUGUUUCAUUAUCAAAUCAAAAUUUAAAUAAUAAUAAUAAUAAUAAUGGUAGUAGCAAUAAAUUUAUAUUAGAAGAUUCAAUGGGUUGUAUCCCUCAAUUAAAUAUUAAUCCAACACCAAAUUAUAGUAAAAUAAGUAAUAUUAAGAGAAAAUUAAAAAAUAGUAGUGGUGAUAUUACUAAAAAUCAAGAAAAUGAAGAUUUAGUGCCAUUGAUGGAAAUCUCAAAGAAUAUUGAUGAAGAUAGCAUAAAUGACGAUACUAUAACUACAACCACUACCACUACCACCACCACCAGUACCUCAACAAUACCAGAAAUAUCAAAUGAUGAUGAUGAUAAUAAUAAUGAAAACAAUAACGAUAAUGUAAAUAAUAGAAAUAAUAAUAAUAGUAAUGGUGAAAAAGAAGAUAAUGAUAUUGAUAAAUUAAAGAAUCAUUAUUUUUGUAAGAAAUGUUUAGUUGAUAUACCAUUAAGAACUAAACAUUGUGUAAAAUGUAAUAGAUGUGUUUUAAAGUAUGAUCACCAUUGCGUAUUUAUAGGUGGUUGUGUUGGUUUAAAUAAUCAUAAGAAUUUUCUAUUAUUUUUAUUGGCGGAAUCAUUAUUACUACUUUUAGGUUUAAGAAUCAUUGUCACUGGUUUUGUUAGAGAAAAUUCAAUUAAAGAAUGGAUCUUUUCAAAUAUUGCAAUUAUUCCACCAACUUUAUUAAUUUUUGGUGGUUUAUGUAUGCCUUUUGCUUUAUUCUGUUUUCAUAGUUUUUUAAUUUUAACAAACCAAUCUUCAUGGGAAUUUAAUAAGUAUCAAAGAAUUACAUAUUUAAAACCAUUUUCUAAAAGAGGUAUUAAUCCAUUUAAUAAAGGUCCAUGGAAUAAUUUAAAAAAGUUUUUAAAAGGUGAUGAGAAUCCUUCCGAUUGGAUAUUAUUAUCAAAAUAUGAAGUUGACCAAAUGAAGAAAAAAGAAGAAAACACUUUUAAUAUUUGGAAUAAUAAAUAUUAUUCUUGUUGUGGUUAA